AGCAGUACUACUGCGAGAGAAGGCCAGAGACAGAGACGGCACAGCCGCGACCCACCAGCCUCCCCCUGAGAGCUCCACCGCUCAUCGCCAUCACCUCUGCAGAGAACAGCAGGUAGAAUGAUGCAGCUCUACUGAUAAAGCAUACUCAAUUCCAGAAUACCCUCAAGGCAGGACUGCAAUCAGCUGUUAAUGAACGUUGAAAUUGACCCUGAAUAAAUGAUUGAUUUUCUGUAUGUUGUAACCUCAUACACUAGCAAAUCUAUGUAGUUUGAUCUUUUGAUUAUAAUGGGGAAAUACAUUAGUAUUCAAAUCAUAAAUGAGCUUGUAUUCAUAAUUUGGAAAGUAUACAUACACCUACUGAUGUUCUUAAAUUGAUGUGUUUGGAACAAUGUUGUGUAUAUGAAUGUGAAAUGUUAUGUUGUACGUAUAGUGGGUGGUCGUGUGAUAUAUUGAUAUGAGUUUAGAAGCGGAAUUUUAAUAUAGAUACGUAUAUACAUGUUAGGCACCUAUUAGGUUAAUCUUCGUGGUGGUUUUUAGAUGUUUGAAAGUCAGUCUCACAGUUGUUAGGUUGCAUGCUAUGCUUGAACAGAGGAAGUAAAAGAUAAUGAUGUCUGACUGAAAAUUUGAUAAGGAGAACGGAAGACCAGUGAACAGAUUUAUCAUCAAAUGCAAUUUCAUGGUCAGGGCGAGCAAAAUUUUGUGCUUCAGCACUUUCUGUCAGAUUACGGUUUGGAUUUUACACCUACAGGAAAGUAUCAGCACCUGUCACCUGUGUUGAGAGGAAACUCUAACUUGAUGGAUUGCACCAUUAAAUGAACUGACAUGGCAACCUGGAGUACUUAACAAAUAAUACGUGUACUGACACUAAUUUAUGACUCGGUGCUAAUAAUUUUAAAUGUAGCAUUGCACUUUAACCACAGCAGCAGUGACAAUAGUGUAUUCAUUUAACUUCUGUAGCAUGAAAAUUCAGUGGAUAGUGAUGCAACUGUGUUACUGCCUUUGUGGAUUUACACCUCCAAAAUAUUGCCCCAAAUAGGCAUUAACAUGUGAAUAGGGUGUCCCAUCCAGGGUCUGAAUCACUGCCUCGUGUCCAUUGUUCUGAAAAAAACAAAAAAACAAAAACAAAAAAACGCUCCAAUAUUACCCAGAAGAUGAAUGAAUAAAAUAAUCGUAUGUAUCUUAAAUGCUUUUUCGGUCAAGGUCAUGGUACAUUCAAAGCUUACUGUAUCCCAGGAUCACUGGUCACAGUCAUUCACACAUAGUAGCCUUUACAGGCAGAAAAGAAUGAAUUAACAGGGAAAGCAUAUGACACUCCAGACAUACACCUGAACUGAGGGUUGUAUCAUGGAUUUGUGAGUAAUGAUGCAGCAAUUUUAAUCUUAUCUUAACUUGCCCUACACUGUAAUCUGCUAUAUUUAUUUUAUGAGCACCAGUCUAAACCGUGCGCAGUACCCUCCGUUACAUUUGCAAGUGUCUUCUCUGGUUGUCAAGUUGUGGUUUAGGUCAUAGGUGUUAGUUAAAAUGGCAUGUUAUUGUAAGAAAGGAAUUCAAUAGCAUUUGCAUACUCUGUAUCCUGAAGACAUGUGACAAUAAAGACUGAACUCUGUACAUCAUUCACUGGCAUGUGCAUGUAAAGAAUUGUUUUGCUUUGCUAAAAAAAAAAACGUCACACCAUCCCUUUCAGACAAUAGCAUGAAUGGUGUGGAAGCUUACCUAGUAGGUGGAUCCUGGGAAGGGAGCUGCUCAUGGGCGCAGCUUGCUUGAAGUGGGCGUGGCCAAGUCGUGCGCCUGGGAAGGUUUUAUAGGCAAGCGAGCUCCUGUUCAAUAGUUAUACAAGCUGUAAACGCUGGGUGAUUAUACGGACUUCGAAAAGCCUGUAGACAGAAACUCGUAGUCAGAUAGGAUUGAAACAUUAAAAUAUGACGAAUAAAUAUUAUUCUUUUAGGCGCUUGAAGAGGAAAUUAAAGGCGGUGAAGAAUAGCUUAGUGUUAUUUAUAAGCAGCUAUGUUUCAUUGUAAAGUGGCUUUAUUUACAUUUGUGACCAUAAAAGGACAUAAAAGGGGUCCCUAACUUUGUGGAACUGACAGUAAGUUACUUUAGGAGCCUCGGAUAAGUUGUGUGUGUGUUUGUGUGUGUGUUAUAUAUUAUUUCUAUAUAUAAGAGCGCGGGUAUGGAUGCCGGUUGCGGGGUGAAGGCUCCGUGCCUCGCUCCCAGCAGCGGGGAUAAUGUUCAAGCUCCCAAACAUCUGUGGAGACAACAGGACCAAGCGGCUGUUCAGCCACAAUCUCAGGCUCAGGUUCACGUUCAGGUUCAGCUCCAGUCUCAGCAGUGCCACGGAGCGCGGAAGAGCCACCGAGUGAGACAGCGCGGCUUCUCGGACAACGAAAGAUACCUCAUUCCGAGGACGAUGGAGCGAACGUUCGCUGUGGACACCGGCGGGCGCCCCGGUCUAAAAAAAUCCAGGAUGUCGUGGCCAUCGUCCUUUCAAGGACUUCGACGUUUUGAUGUGGAUAAUGGAACGUCGUCAGGACGCAGCCCAUUGGACCCGAUGGCCAGCCCAGGCUCGGGUCUCAUCCUGCAGGCCAACUUUGUGCAUAGCCAGCGGAGGGAGUCGUUCCUGUACCGCUCCGACAGUGACUAUGACCUCUCACCAAAGUCCAUGUCGAGAAACUCCUCCAUUGCCAGUGACAUACAUGGAGAUGACAUGAUUGUUACCCCUUUUGCACAGGUCCUGGCUAGCUUGAGAACUGUACGGAAUAAUUUUUCAGCACUGACGAAUGUACAACAAGAACGAGCCUCCAACAAGAGAUCGCCGAUGUGUAACCCUCCCCCCAUCACAAAGACUACAUACACAGAAGAGGCCUACCAGAAGCUGGCCACCGAGACAUUGGAGGAGCUCGACUGGUGCCUAGACCAGCUGGAGACCCUGCAGACCCGGCACUCGGUCAGCGAGAUGGCCUCUAACAAGUUCAAGAGGAUGUUGAACCGAGAGCUGACCCACCUGUCUGAAAUGAGCCGCUCUGGAAACCAGGUGUCUGAGUUCAUCUCUAAUACUUUUUUAGACAAGCAGCAUGAAGUAGAAAUGCCGUCUCCACAGUCACAGAAGGACAAAGAGAAGAAGAAGCGGCCGAUGUCCCAAAUCAGCGGCGUGAAGAAGCUUACUCACAGUUCCAGCCUCACCAAUUCCAACAUCCCUCGCUUUGGAGUCAAGACAGACACAGAGGAAUCACUGGCCAAGGAGCUUGAAGAUGUGAACAAAUGGGGCCUUAAUGUUUUCAAAGUCACAGAGUUCUCUGGCAACAGACCUUUAACAGUUAUGAUGCACACAAUAUUCCAGGAGAGAGACUUAUUAAAAACAUUUAAAAUUCCACUUGACACUUUUAUAACGUAUCUGAUGACGUUAGAAGACCAUUACCAUAGCGAUGUUGCCUACCACAACAACAUCCACGCUGCCGACGUGACUCAGUCCACUCAUGUGCUGCUCUCCAGCCCUGCUCUCGAGGCUGUUUUCACAGAUUUAGAGAUUCUUGCUGCCAUAUUUGCCAGCGCGAUACACGAUGUCGAUCAUCCUGGCGUCUCCAACCAGUUCCUCAUUAACACUAACUCUGAGCUGGCUCUGAUGUAUAAUGACUCGUCUGUGUUGGAGAACCAUCACCUGGCUGUGGGCUUUAAGCUGCUGCAGGAGGAGAACUGUGACAUCUUCCAGAACCUCACCAAGAAACAGAGACAGUCGCUGCGCAAGAUGGUCAUCGACAUAGUUCUGGCGACGGACAUGUCGAAACACAUGAAUUUACUGGCAGAUCUUAAAACCAUGGUGGAGACAAAAAAAGUCACCAGCUCUGGAGUACUGCUGCUGGAUAAUUAUUCAGACAGGAUACAGGUGCUACAGAACAUGGUGCAUUGUGCAGACCUCAGUAACCCCACCAAGCCUCUGCAGCUGUACCGCCAGUGGACGGACCGCAUCAUGGAGGAGUUCUUCAGCCAGGGAGACCGUGAGAGGGAGCGUGGCAUGGAGAUAAGCCCCAUGUGUGACAAACACAACGCUUCAGUUGAGAAAUCCCAGGUGGGCUUUAUAGACUACAUUGUGCACCCGCUGUGGGAAACAUGGGCAGACCUGGUGCACCCUGAUGCCCAGGACAUCUUGGACACGUUGGAGGACAACAGGGAGUGGUACCAGAGCACCAUCCCGCAGAGCCCAUCCCCCUCACUGGACACAAAUGCAGAUGGGCGGCGCAACACCACCCACGACAAGUUCCAGUUUGAGCUCACGCUGGAGGAGGACGGAGAAUCAGACACGGAAAAGGACAGCGGCAGCCCUCCAGACGAGGAUGACGAGGAGGAAGAGGAAGAAGAUGAGAACAGCUGCAGUGACUCUAAAACCCUUUGCACACAGGACUCGGAGUGUACUGAGAUCCCCCUGGAUGAACAGGUGACUGAGGGGGAGGAGGUAGGAGAGGAGCCGAGAGAGGAAGAGGGCGAGAUAUCAGAACCCUGUGUUUUAGUGGAACGAGAGGAGGAGGAGGAGGAGGAGGAAGAGGAGGAGGAGGAAGAAGAGGAGGAGGAAGAGCAGGACACUGCCAAUACGUAACACAGUAUGAGAUAGCAUCCGGACUUUUUUUAUACUAGACAUGAGAGCCACUUAUUUAUGGAUAAGCUGUAGGGUUUUUCAUAUUUUUUUGUUUUUGUGUGUAUGUGUGAACUGUACAUCUAUCCAAAAGUGUAUAUUCAUUUCCCUCUCACCGCCACUGACAACAUCCUUAUGAUCAUUUUACUUUUAUUUUUUAACGUUCAUCCAUGACUAGUGCCGUUUGAACCAUUUUUGUACUCAGGAAAGUCUUUUCCAUGCACACAUAUGAAACACACUUUUUUUGUAAUUUGUUAAUAUUUCUGUUUUUAACUAAGGUGGACUUUAAAAGAGUUUUCAGUUUCAUUUGCCAAAACACCCAUCAGACCAUCUGUUUUUUAUCCAACUAGUGGUUUGGUGGGAGCUUCAUUGCAUGGAGACACAUGCAGCUGGUAGACGUUCACUACACAAUUCGAAUGUUAUUUCUUCCUCAAAGUCUAGAUCUACUUUAUUUGCAGUGCUUAGUGUAGAUAGACUCAUUACCAAAGCUAAUAGAAAUGACUCAUGGCACAAGGAAAUCAAACUGAAAAAAAAUUACAAUCGGCAACUGCCAAAGAGUGUUUUUGUUGUUGUUGUUGUUGGGUUUUUUAUGUUAUGUGACGUCUUUAUAACAUUUUUGUUCAUUAUUUAAUAGAAAGAGUGCUCCGUUUGGUGCAGGCCUUCAGUUACAUAAUAACUGACUCUAAUCAUCGCCUUUUUUUUUUUGUUAUUUUCUCGAUGUUGCUUAGGCAAGCCUUAAGAUUUUGUUGCCUGUCAAAAAAUAGACUAAACCAGAAGCUUCCUACUUCUUCAUCUCAAAACAUGUUGCAAAAUCUGGGAUAAAGAUUCAUAAACAGGUCAAAAUGUAGAGGGCAAAUCCAAUAAGAAGUUUCACUCUAUUGUCCCCCAAAGGUCUCUUUGCUGCUUACUUUUAUUAGCUUACUGAAUUUAUUUGGAACAUAUAAAAAAAAAUGUGAUCUCUGCAACUUUACCCUUGACAUGGAUGUUAGUACCAUGAGGGGCUGGUUUGAGUAUUUCAGAAAACGCUGAUAUUUUAAGAAUUUCACACACAACGCACAGAAUUUUGUGAAAACAAAAAAAAAACAUUUUUGUACCUUUCUGUGAACUCUAGAUGAUGCGAACAUGAACUAAAGCUCUUGAAGUGCAUCUGCAUAAUAUUGUGCAUUGCUCUGCUGCCACCUGAUUGGCUGAUUGCAACAAUGAUCAAGAGUCGUUAUGUUCCUAACAAAAAGUGGAGGAUGAUUAUAGACAUUACAAUUAACAUGUGGUCAUUAGAACAUAUCGAUACUAAUGAAUACAUAAUUAACAAAGCAAUAUUUAACCAUCAUUAAAUAUUUAACUCUCAGUAAAGAUUCAAAGUUACAAUACUAUAAGUAUUGAUGGUAGCAACCCAGUGACGAGGAACAGUACAGUUUGGGUGCUUCAUUUUUGAAGGUUCAUUUGGUAUUCAACUAUUUUUGUCCAUAUGAAGUAGUAGCUCUCUGGUUAUGGUGUUGGACUACUGAUCGGAAGGUCAUGAGUUCAAAUCCCAUAGCCACCAAGCUGCCACUAAUUUUCCUGAAAAUGAGAAAAAUGUAAGAUGCCCCGAAUAAGGGUAUCUACCAAAUGCUGUAGGAUACCACACAAGUCUGAGACCACACUGAAAAUCUUUUUUUUUUUAUUGUUUAUAAUAAUAACUAACAGAUAAACAGAGAAAACUGAAAACGAACAAAGAAACUGUUCAAUAUCUAGAAUAUUAAAUUUCCAGGAUUUCUAGGUCACUAUUUAAACAUAAGGGAAUUUGUAAUAUUGACUAACUCCUACACAAAAGGCCAGUGACGGAUGUGUUUCAUGAUAUUUAAUCUAACAUGAAUCAUCAAGUUUUACACAAACUUGUGGAGUCCAUGCCAGCUUGAGGGCACAUUAAAGCAAAAGGAGAAUGCAUAGAUUACUAAGGAAUUCAGAAAUUCAUAUUAAUAUUUCCUGCUGAUUUAUUGUUGGUAAUAUAAUUUAUAGUUAGCCGUUUUAAAACUAAUGCAAAUGAGAAGCACUUUCAUUAGUAGUCUCAGACUUUUGGUCUCAACUGCAAACAAGCAAAAUCCUUCUAGCUGUAGCUCCUAAACCUUUAGAUGAUGGUGGAGAAGUACCAGUGUCAGGCAUGCAGCUCAAACUCAACACAGUUCUGUAUCAAUCACAUCAGUGCUUUAGCAUCUGUAAGCCAGUGAAUUCAUUGUGAAACUGCACUGCAGUGUGCCACAAUGUUUAUUCUGUUGCUGGUUAAGAUGAACCUAAGGCUGAAGGCCAGUAAGUCUUCUUCUUCUUCUUCUUCUUCUUCUUCUUCUUCUUCUUCUUCUUCUUCUUCGUCAUUCCUUAAAUGAUCACAGUACUAAAACUGUCCCAGUACACCUGUUCAGUUCAUGUUCACCAUUAUGAGCCUCUUUCUAAUUUAUUAUCAUUAUUUUCGUUUCUGUGCUUGUAGCACGGUGAAAUCAAAUCCUGUAGCAGCAUCAAGGUGAUGAGGGAGCAAGUCUGAGUAUAUUUCGAUUAGAAUGCAGUAACUGUAAUGUAACCACUAGUUUUUAAAAAAAAAAAAACUGUAUAAAGACCCAACAUUUAGAAAUGGCCCAACCUUGGAUUUUUUAUUUUUUUAUUUUUUAUUUUUCAUUUCUUGUCAUUGCCAAAUGAUUUCCUCUCCAUCAGCAAUCCUCAGUCAGUUUCCUUGCUUUCAGUGGUUUCUCAUUUCUGUCUGUUUACAUGUAUUUAUUGUGCUGUACAGUACAUACUGUUGUUCUUACCAUGUUGUAAAUGAUUCUAUCAUCCCUAAUGGUGAUGGUGUUGCUGUAUUACAGAACUCUUAUUGAGAGAAUGUUUUAUUUUCUCUUCAGUAUACUAAGGACCCAUCUAUAAGCAUCUCCUACGAGAUCGUUUUAUGUGGAGGAGUGAAGAAAUCCAAUUUUAUGUGUGUUUUCUUUCUUUAGAGAAACAGCAGUCCCUUGGCCAGAGGGUUGUGCCUUAAUAAACUUUUUUAUUUAAGUUUCUUAUCUUAUUGCUGCACUAAAGAAAAAAACUGCUGGCUGGAAUUGACCUUAAUGUAUUUUAUUGUUGUUUUCCUUAUUUUCGGGUGUCAGAGAUGAAUAUUUCUUUUUGACAGUUGUUGAAAAAGGCCAGUAUGGAGGAUUGUUUGGUGUCACUACAUUUGGCAGCACAUUGUAAUGCUGUUUUUUAACCAGAUCAGAGAGAUGUGUUUUUCCUAAGCUGUCAGAAUAUGAUUAUGUGCUAAACUUUGGAGAGAUAUAUAUACGGUCCCCUCUGAAAAAAUUGGAAAGAAUUGAGAUCAAAAUUGUUGUUGUUUUUUUUUUGCUAGACACUGUAGACACUGAUGGUGAAUAUGGGACAACAGAUCAGAAUUUCAGCUUUCAUUUCCUGAUAUUUACAUCUACAUGUGUUAAACAUCUUUAGUGCAUCUUUGGCAUCAGGCAUCUUUAGAGGCAGCUCACCCUGUUUAUAGGACUGUAUUUUAGUUUGUAUGAAUUUCUCUAAAUUGGUAGAAAGAAUGUUUCAAAUUAUUUUGGAUCUUGUUGCAUGGCCUCUAUAAUUCUACUCUCAAUUUCUUCUUUUUAAAUGGAUGAUUGUGAAACCUUCACCUCUGUUGUCAUCUGCUGUUGUUUUCUUGCCUGGCUUUUUCUAUAUCUGGCUGUUAGUACACCAGUGGUUUCUUCCUUAUUAAGGACAUUCCAGAUUGUACUGUAUAUAUAGGCUACACUCAAUUUUUGUUCAGUGGCUUUGAUUGAUUUUCCUUCAUUUCUCCCACAGAAAAUGUUUAUUUCAUCUUCCGUUGUCCCUUUUUUACGACACAUUUUCAACUCAAAUGAAACCCAGAGCUCAAAACCAGAUGUAGAUGUUCAGAGCUGGUAAUUAAGACACAGCUGGGAAACAAGAAACACCUAUCAGUCACAUGUUCCAAUAUUUCUGAUGACUGAUCUGUAUGUAUUCAGUAUCGAUAUAUAAAAGCCGAGCUAAGCUGAGCUUCUGAUCUGUUGUCUAAUAUUAAUGUUUUGAUCCCAAACGUCUUCCGUGUAAAGCAAAAAAAAAGAAUUUGCCUUGCUGUUCCGAUACAUUCGGAUGAGACGGUAUGAAUGUGUGCCAAAGCGGAAUUUGAUCGCUCUAGCUUGGUGUAAAUUGAUGGGGGUUUUUUUUUUGUUUGUUUGUUUUUUUGUUUGUUUUUUUCAUUUAGUCUGACUGGAUUCUCAGUCUGUGUUAAUAAUUAACUUGACUGAAGCAAAUGAUUCAUGCUAGAUCAUUACAAAUAGAAUUUUUUACUGACAUCUGUGUAACAUGCAAUAUGAAAAGAAAAACACUUUGCAUUUCCAUUGGGGACAUUAGGCUUUUUCAUUUUGGAUAAAGGAUGGUAUGUCUUUAUAAACUCCAAUCCUUAAGUGGAGACAAAUUUUGACACAUAUACUGUAGAUUCCUAAUUGCCCUAAAUGGAUAGAAUCAGUGGCUCAGUUUCCUUUUUUUGAUUCAUUCCAUCUUUUUACAUCAUCAGAAAAGAAGCUAUUUAGGGAUAACUAUUUUUUGUUAUGUGACUUGAAUGCCAACUUAUCUGGAGGUUUCACAAGACAAUGUAGUUGUUUAAUGGAUUCCUUAUUUAUGACAGUCUAUUGGAUAGAACUGUAGAAGUUAAACUUAUAAAAAAAAAAAAUUAAAAUUGAAUAAAAAUGUUUUAUAUGCACCGGAAUAAAUGAAAGCAUGGGUUGACUGCGUA